UCCGGGUCAGGACGUUCCGGCCCGCCCCUCCGCCGGUGCCGUGCUGGUAAGUCUCGGUUCUCCCGGAAGUGGCCGGGCCUCUCUGUCGGGGUCCCCUUCACCCCGCUGCUGCUGAGGGCUGCGGGGGCGAGGGCAAUGGCGGAGUCGGCGCUGCUUCUGCUGUCCGAGGCGGCGGCGGAGCGGGACGCUCGAGAGAAGCUAGCUCUUUGGGAUCGGAGACCGGACUCGACGGCGCCGCUGACCGACAGGCAGACGGACUCGGUGUUGGAGCUGAAGGCGGCAGCAGAAAACCUGCCGAUGCCAGCUGAGCUCCCAGUUGAAGACUCAUGCAGUUUACCACCCCAUUCACUGUCCACUGAACUGAAUUCAAUAGUGCCUGAAUCUACAGAAGACAUUCUUUUGAAGGGUUUCACUUCCUUAGGAAUGGAAGAAGAAAGAAUCGAGACUGCACAACAGUUUUUCUUAUGGUUCGCAAAGCUGCAAACUCAGAUGGAUCAGGAUGAAGGAACUAAAUACAGACAGAUGAGGGAUUACUUGUCUGGGUUUCAGGAGCAGUGUGAUGCUAUAUUGAAUGAUGUAAACAGUGCUCUUCAGCAUCUGGAGUCCUUGCAGAAACAGUAUCUUUUUGUGUCCAAUAAGACAGGAACCCUACAUGAAGCCUGUGAACAGCUCCUGAAAGAACAGUCGGAACUUGUUGAUCUGGCUGAAAACAUUCAACAAAAGCUUUCCUAUUUUAAUGAAUUGGAGACUAUUAACACAAAAUUGAAUUCCUCUACGUUGUCUGUGAAUAGUGAAGGAUUUAUACCUAUGCUGGCCAAGUUAGACGAUUGUAUAACAUAUAUAUCAUCUCAUCCUAAUUUUAAAGAUUACCCUGUGUAUUUGCUGAAGUUUAAACAAUGUCUUUCUAAAGGUUUACACCUCAUGAAGACAUAUAUUGUGAACACACUACAGACUCUUACAAAUCAAUUACUAAAAAGGGAGCCUUCAUCUGUACCUAAUGCAGACAAUGCCUUUACACUAUUUUAUGUGAAAUUUCGAGCUGCUGCCCCCAAAGUCAGAACUCUUAUUGAACAAAUAGAACAACGAUCUGAAAAAAUGCCUGAAUACCAACAGCUGCUAAAUGAUAUUCACCAGUGCUACCUUGAUCAGCGGGAGCUCCUUUUGAGCCCUAGUAUUGCUUGUACUGUCACAGAGUUAACCAGUCAAAAUAACAGAGAUCAUUGUGCCUUGGUUCGCAGUGGCUGUGCCUUUAUGGUCCAUGUAUGCCAGGAUGAGCACCAACUUUACAAUGAGUUUUUCACAAAACCGACACCGAAAUUAGAUGAGCUUUUAGAGAAACUGUGUGUGUCAUUAUAUGAUGUCUUCAGGCCAUUGAUCAUUCAUGUCAUUCACUUAGAGACCCUGUCAGAACUUUGUGGGAUUCUUAAAAAUGAGGUGCUUGAAGAUCAUGUACAAAACAAUGCUGAACAACUGGGAGCAUUUGCAGCUGGAGUCAAGCAGAUGCUGGAAGAUGUACAAGAGCGGCUGGUCUACCGAACGCACAUCUACAUUCAGACAGACAUUAUGGGCUACAAACCGGCUCCAGGAGAUCUGGCAUAUCCAGAUAAGUUGGUCAUGAUGGAGCAAAUUGCACAGAGUUUAAAAGAUGAACAGAAGAAGGUACCUUCAGAAGCUUCCUUUUCAGAUGUUCAGUUAGAAGAAGGAGAGUUUAACAGUCUGACAAAAUCUGGUUCAACAGAAUCCCUCAAUCCUAGACCACAGACCACAAUUUCUCCAGCAGAUCUUCAUGGAAUGUGGUAUCCUACAGUUCGAAGAACUCUUGUCUGUCUCUCCAAAUUAUACAGAUGCAUAGAUAGGGCAGUGUUCCAAGGAUUAUCACAGGAAGCCUUGUCUGCCUGCAUUCAGUCCUUACUUGGAGCAUCAGAGUCUAUAAGCAAAAAAAAGACUCAGGUUGAUGGACAACUUUUCUUAAUUAAGCACCUUUUGAUUCUUCGAGAACAAAUUGCUCCAUUUCACACUGAAUUCACCAUUAAGGAAAUUUCCCUGGACCUCAAGAAAACUAGAGAUGCAGCAUUUAAAAUCCUGAACCCUAUGACUGUUCCAAGAUUUUUUAGGCUGAAUAGCAACAAUGCCUUGAUAGAGUUCUUGUUGGAGGGUACUCCUGAGAUAAGAGAACAUUAUCUUGACUCUAAAAAGGAUGUAGACCGUCAUCUGAAAUCGGCCUGUGAGCAGUUCAUUCAGCAGCAGACCAAGCAGUUUGUGGAGCAGUUGGAGGAGUUCAUGACAAAGGUUUCAGCAUUAAAAACAAUGGCCACUCAGGGAGGCCCCAAAUAUACUCUCUCGCAGCAGCCUUGGGCACAACCAGCAAAGGUUAGUGACCUGGUAGCAACUGCCUAUAAGACAAUAAAAGCAAAGCUGCCCGUGACAUUGAGAAGUAUGUCGUUGUACCUAUCCAAUAAAGAUACUGAGUUCAUCUUGUUUAAACCUGUUAGAAAUAAUAUUCAGCAAGUCUUCCAGAAGUUCCAUGCUCUGUUAAAGGAAGAGUUCAGCCCUGCUGACGUCCAGGUCAUUUCCUGUCCUUCCAUGGAACAGCUGAGCCUCGUGCUGUCGGUUUCUAAGUGAGCAGGCCAUAGGGCUGCGUGCGUGCAUGGUCUGCUGGGAGGAGAGGGCUGAGAAGUCCUGCAGCCUGCAGAGCGCUGAGGAACGUGGGGACGUCCCUGAGAGCCACACCAGCCUGCUGCUCAGUGCUGACUGCAGAGUGAAAUACAGGCAAAGCUUUAAGACUUUAGUGUUUCCCUUUUAAAAGCAUCAAAAUGCCAAAGAUUUAUCUGUGAGUAGUGGUAACUCUCUCCUUUAAAUGGUCACAAGAAACAUGAAGUUUUUAAGAGGUUGCUGUGAUGGCACGCAGUGAAAUGGUUCCUCAUGUGCAAUGAAAACAGGUUAUGAUAAGUAAAGAACUUCACAGAAACACAGCUAAUGAGAAAGCUUCUAAGAGUAGGGUUUGCUCGGACGUGAAAUACUGUAACACUUUUAACCACUGAGCAUUCUGCAGUGACUGUUCUUUUAAUUUGUAGAAAUACUAUUUCUACUCUCUAUUUGAUGUAACAUUUCUCCUGUCGUUUUGAAGUUUAUGUAGUUUGGAGUAGAUUGGUCGCUUCUGAGAACAGGUUCUGAGGAAGGUGUUAUCUUUCUCCCCGUUUGAUGUGAGCUGGUUUGAAGAUGCAGGGACCUGGUGUAAGGUCUUGGUAUUCCUUGAGUUACUAGGUACAGAAGGUUGCAAAGCAAGAGCUGCAGUUUCCUUAUGAUAGAUGCGCACUGUCUUUUUUUUUUUUUGGUUUUUGGCCAGGGCUGGGUUUGAUCUCGCCACCUCCGGCAUAUGGGACCGGCGCCCUACUCCUUGAGCCACAGGCGCUGCCCCCGCGCGCACUGUCUUUAAUGAGGAUCUUCUUGGUGCCAUAGUCAGUGUUUGUGAGUGCAAAGUACCAAUUAGGUGUCUAAAAUCUGGCAUAUAAUGGAGAGAAGGAAACCUGAAGAAUACCACAUCUCCUGAAUGAAGGUUAGGGUUACUGCCCUUCUGCAGGCUGCCUUUGGUCUUAGCAGUUCUUUGAAAAGCAAACACUUUCAAGUCCUUGCCUGUUCCGUCAGCUGGCUGUGCUGUGUCCCAGCCCUGUGAAUCUCCAACAGACAUGAGCAUGACGCACACUGCCCACAUCAUAAAACUACCGCACCAGAUCAGAUCAGGGAUCAUAAAUAAAUUAUGUACAUCUGUGAAUUUUCCCACAAAUUCUUAUUUCCUGAUUGGACUGCUUUUGCUUCCAGUAUUACAGUAAAUGUAACCUGCUUUUUGGUUCAAAAAGAAUUCUGAGUUACUGAAAACACUAAUCUAAGGGUGGGGACACUGCAGAGAGUUCUGGAAUGGGACCAGCAGUCCCGGUGGUGCCGUUGGUGCCUGGAACUCAUUAGAAAUGGCCGAGGCAGCACUUUGGUAGGGCACGGGUGCAUUCUAUAUCCUGAUGUCUGUCGUGUGUUAACAGGACACUUGUUUUUCACUCAGUUCAAAUUGGUGAUAGAUGAUGCUUGAUAGAGCUUAUUACUCUAUAUUUGGGGAAGGUAGAAGGUAAGAGGGUCCAUGUUCAUUCUUUGCCAUGAAAUGAAUAAAUUAGGAAGAUUAUAUUUACUUACCUGUUUAUAAAUACCUGUUCAAUGAAAUAAACUGUAAAAUAUCCAGUUUUUUGUAUUAUAUGUACAUUUGAUUUUUUAAUAGCCUUUCCAAAGAAAUGAGGGCAUGAUUAUUAUACUAUAAAUACUGUGACUGACUUAAUUUGAUGUACAGGGAAAUGUGUGUUCUUAAGGAUAAAAAUAUUUAACGGCACUCAUACUUGUGCUUUGAUUUUUUAUUUCUUGAAACACUCAAACACUUUAUAAAGUGCUGAGUAGGUGACAGUGAUCUAGCUUGUUUGCUAAAUGAAUAUUUGUUUAAAUCUGUACAGUUUCAAGUGUUUACUUAUACAAAGAGUGUACAUACUUUCAAAUAAUUAAUUUAAAGUGCUUUAUAUUAUUUGGCUAGAAAUUGCUGUUUUUAAUAAAUGUGAAUUUUUUAAAAAAUAAAGAUUUUUGCUUCCUA